CUCCCAGCGCCGCGGGAGAGCAGCAAUUGGCAGCAAUGGCAGGAAACGGCGUAAGCGAUCAGCCAGGAGGCGCACUCAAAGCCGGCAGGCUGCCCGCGAGCGCUCCCAUGGAGGAGCCACUCGACGAGGCUGCUCUAGCAGCAGAGCUGCACACAAGGCUGGCCGCCGCGACGCAGAGAUAUGAAAAGGAGCGGGGCGCCAAGCCGCCAUUACCACAAUUGCCGCCUUCCAACGAAACGGGCUCGCUCCACUUAUUUCUAAACACAGCGAAGCCGAGGACGCCACCCGCAGUCGCGCGCAAGACAAUAAAGAAGAAGAACCCGGAGAAGCGCCCCGAAUCCUUGCCUUAUGUCGGCCCCUACCGCGCGUUCACCGACGAAGACGAUUUCACGCAUAUCAAGACGGACAGAAAACAUAGGGUCGUAAGGGAGGUCGAAAGACCAAAAACACCAGAGAUCUGCGUGGACAAGCCCGACGAGUGGGCCAAUUUCGAAUUGCCCGCCGAUUUUAAUUUGCAAGAAUGGUUAAAAGAGGACCCCGAGCAAUAUGAUGCAUGGCUCCUGUAUCACAAGGGUAUUGGCCCCAAGCCUAUCAAGCAUGUCGUCUCCGACGAAGCCAAGGCCCUACUUGCGAGCAGUACAAAGGUGGAUCUCGGCGAGCUCAUGGACGAGGCCGUACCUAGAUACCCCGUCACGUCGAAGAUGGAAUUUGAUUGGAAUGAUGACGCGUCCGUGUCAUCGGCGGACGAGGAAGAAGUGCAGGAAGUCGUACAAGUGCAGGCCAAAGGUCUGAAGGCUCUGAAACAGCGACUAUCGGCCAUGAGCCACCUUAGAUCGUUCAAAGCCAAUGAUCCCGGACCUGGAACUACUACGUACAAGCUCGAGGAAGAUGCGAGGCGGUUCGUCGGCGCGGGCGCGCGGAAGCGCUUCUUCGGGAGGUUGCGCCUGUGUCAUCAACAGCGGGAGAUCGUGCCCGCAUCAGUUGUUCAUGUCAAGGAGUACGGGGACGCGGAUACCGUUGAUACUGAAGAGAGUUCUACCAUCGUAUCCAGUGAAGAGUCCACUACGUUGGGGUCGGGGACGACGGCCGACGGGCGGAGGCGUCUCAAAGAGCUCACGCUGAUCAACAUGCCCAAGCCCGAGGACGACAGCGUCGUCACGGAAGAGCCGUCUACAGCAAUUUCUUACACGACCUGGCAGACGCCUUCCGGGGAUGUCGACGACAAUUUACUUACGAGGGAAGCGAUGACGCCGCGCCAGAAAUACUUGAGAGAGAUUUUACGGAAGAAGGCCCUCCCGUACCCCGUGCUCUGUCGAAGAAGAAAGGACAAGCCUGGUACUUUGGAUCUGACGGGCGCCGGCGUGGGUGACGUCAUAGUAGAGUCCCUAGCGCAAGUCCUGGACGGUUUGCAUGACGUAGACACUCUACUCUUAGCGGACAACCGCCUCACCGAUCUAUCGUUGGAACCGCUCCUCGAAGCCAUAGCCUCACUCCCGCACCUAACGUCCCUGGACCUGUCCGGAGCGAAGAUGGAUGCAUCAUCAGCUAAACUGAGGGAGUACCUCGCUUCACCAAGUUGCGCGUUGACAUCGCUAGUAAUGAGUAGAGCUGACGUCGACGACUGGGAGUGCGCGGUAGUUCUUCAGUGUCCUAUUUUUGGUGAAUCCCCGCUCGCUUCGCGUCGACGGCGUCCAAGAGCGUCGUCAGGCACUCCACGCCAUCGACGCGAGUCGCCCAUAGGACGCUCACGCCCACGCCAUCACCGCGCGACCGCACGCAGGACUUCAUGGCCUCGCUCCAAAGUAAUGCGAGUCUGACGUCGUUGUCGUUAUCCGAAAAUUUGAUUGGAGAUGCGGAAGCCUUAAAUAGCGUCCAACCUGAGUUAGAAACAGGUGGCGAGGCGCUCGCGUCGAUGCUCCGGUCGAACAAACACGUUACUUACUUAGAUGUGUCGUGGAAUAAGAUCAGGAGGGACUCGGCGCAGGAUUUAGCUCAAGCAUUGGCAGAGAACGAAACGCUUACCCAAUUGAAUGUGGCCCACAACGCGUUCUGCGAUUUGCCGGGUCAAUACCUCGGCAUUUCUCUAGCUUCCAACAAUACUCUACAGUCAUUAGAUCUGUCGUACAACUCCUUGUCGCCGCAAGCGGCCAUUGUGAUCGCUGCAUCCUUCGCAACGAACACGACAUUACACUACCUCAGUGUCGCGGGCAACCCCCUCGGUAGAGCAGGUGCCGAAGCGCUCAUAACAGCUUUGAGAAGACAUCAGACCGAAUCGAGGUUCCUACACAUCGACUUCGCGAGUGCUGAUGUGGACACCGAUCUAGGAGCUCGGGGCGGCGGCGUGCAGUUUUCUUCGGUCGAUCCGACGGGCCGAUAUAGAUUGGACAUGCGCACGCCCUACUCGCAGAUGAUCGCUCGUCGCUUGUACGAACUGGCCUCCACGAGGAUGGGCUGUUCCUUCCAGAAAUGCGUGUGGUCCUUCAAGCCGCCGGAACCCGAGGACGACGAGGAGGAAGAAAAGAAGGACAAGAAGAAGGACGACGACGAGGACCCCAUGAGCAAAGGGCGGGUCGAGUUCACGUUCAAGCGGAAACGGGUCAAAAAAGGUAAAAAAGAGAGGACGUCGCUGUCGUCGCACGAGACCGAUAGCCAAAGGCCCUGGUACGACGCGGUUAUGAGUCUGUAUGCCGCUGUUCGUAGCCGAGAAAAGGAUUUACAUGGAUAUAUCCUGGAGUGCCUGAAGAGCAUGGGUCUCGCGCCUGAUGAAACUUGUAUGCAGUUCGUAGCAGAACAUUUUGACAAGUCAAUAGCGAAGGAUGUGGACGGCGUUUUGAGUGCUUUGUUUUUUGCGUUGUUUGAUGGUAUCGAUGAAGAUCGAUCAGAAGCGAUUGACGUACGAGAGUUGCAGAGAGGUCUACAGCAUCUAGGAUGCGUCGACAGCUCCCUAGAAGCUGCCACUAGAAUUAUUGAAUCCUUCGAUAGUGACGAAUCAAAUACCAUAGAGCGGGAGGAGUUCGUGCAGUGGAGUCUGGCCAAGUUCCUCGCCAAGCCGCCGACAACCUUACCAGAACUGUUAGAUGCGGAGACAAAUAAAGCAUGGAAGAUUCCGGACGAGGGCGGUCUCGAGAUCAUUUUUGUACAAGAACCGCACCCGCCGUCCUACGACAUGUGCUGCACGAAUUUGGGGAACGACGGCUUCGUGCGCAACUUACGAUUGUGUGCCAUAGAAUCGGACCGCACGAAGUUGUUCGAGCGAGCCGUAGCGAACACUGAUGUUUAUUUUACCUGCUACCAGGCCCAAUCACUGAUAGAUGUCAUGAGUUUGGACUUGUUUUAUGUCGUGGAGAAGCUGUUGCCAGUCAUGGCUUCAACGCAUGACGCUUGUCUGUUACUAGAAAAGAACUUGAGCUUGGACCAGCGAGUUCGUCUGAGAGAAACGAUGGGUCCUUUGUAUGACGCUGUGACUGGUAGUGUAUCUGGUUUCUACUCAUUGGACUUAAGGGACCCGAGAGAUAAACUAUGUGCUAGGAAAUUGUGCGAAAUAAACAACGCCCAAUCCUUAACGUCAAAGUCCUCGAACAGAAGCGACACGUCGCAAAAGGGCGACUGGUCGAACUACCGGAACGAGUUUUACGAAGGUAAAGCUAUAUCACUAUCUUCGGCAUUUUUCGCAGAUUGCCCUAUCAGAGGUAGGUUAACGUUCGACUUCGUGUCUACUCGUAGACCGAAGCGGUCUUGCAAAGCGCUGUCGACGAAAAGAUUCUUGAGCCUGUGCAAGGUGCUUGGUUUGGGCGAAUUAUCAAGGGUGUCAAGCUUCUACGAGUCGAUGAAUCCUUUGCGGCGGAACCUAGCGUCGUUCUACCACGGUCAUGAGCAGAGGGUUGGUGUGGGGAGCCGGAAGCGGGACUACGGCGUCGAACCUGAUGAGGAGGAGGACGACACAUCGAUCCCUGAAGAGGAGCGCGCCGACGCGGAAGCCUGGCGUCAAGCGCGGCGGGAGGAUGAACGCGCUGUUCAAGCAGAACAAUUGGAAGAGAGACGCGCUUCGUAUCGACGAGCAUCAAUAGCAAGGACCGAGACGCCCGCGUUCGAAGACGACUCGACGACCGACGAGGAGUCGGACGACGACGCAAGGGUCAAAAUGCGGCGUGGUUCCACAAUUCUCGCCUGCGAGCUGCCGUGGUAUCUCAAGCGGCGGGAUGUCGUGUCAAGGUGGCGCGCGUACAAGCAGUCUACCUACUUAGUAACGGAGUGGCUGCCCGCGGAGAAGGCUCGUAAGGUGAAGGACAAGAAGAAGAAGGGCAAGAAAGAGCCCGCCGUCGAAGAAGUUGUCGACCAUUCGGACAGCGAGGGCGAACCUUCGAUAGAUGAGUUCGAGGUAUUUCCUAUACAAGUCCAAUCUGCCUCGGAGGCCGCGAAGUCCAUGCCCUGUCGAGCUUACGGCAUCGUCUACCAUAGAUUGGCUUUACUAAGGGUCGCGACGACGUCCUUAUGGUUGUCGACGGAACAGAUCGAGUUUAUUAUCAAACAAUUCCCUUCACAUGAUUUCUGUCGCGUCUACGCGUGUGUCAUCCUCCAUGCUCGGUGUUUGGAUUUGGAGAAUUUUCAUACGAUCUUCAAGUUCUUAGAGCCGCGAGAACAGCACGAGCUCGUCCAUCGACUGGGGUGGCUGAACGUAAUGAACCCGCUGCACCCGGAACGAGUCUAUGUGUUAGAUUUAAGACGGUAUGAAGACAGAGAAAUGUGCAAGGUGCUCGUGAAGUUAGCUGUGAGUGAACCGGGCGCGAACUGGAAUGAUGAGGGUUAUAGAUGGUCUAUAAAAGACCCUUACGUCCCUGGCUGGGAGCUGCCGGCGGAGUGGGCGUCUCCCGACAAAGACGACGGAGGUCCGCGGCGGUUCGGUAGACUACGGCUGCGCUACACUUCUGAUAAAGGGAAGGGCUGCGACCCGAAGUGGGACGUGAGGAGGGCACUGAUGACGAGGUUCUUGUGCGGGGAGGCGCUCGAGUUCUAACUUAGGAGUGUUAAUAACAUAAGGUUAACUCAAAUUUCGGGGGCUUGUGUCUGCUCGAUGGCGUGGAGGCCGACGGAGGCCUCUCUGGGCCGCCAUCGAGCAGACGAGUCCGCGGCGUCGCGCGUCGCCGCCACCACGCCAUCGAGCAGACGCCGUCGACGCGA